AUGGACACGCUCGAGCUAGGACUGUGCCGCAGCGGCAGGUUCGCAUGUGUCUUGGUGGUAGUCGAUGUCCUGACACGUUGGGCAGAGAUUGUCCCGCUGCGCCGACAUGACGGGCCCUCGGUUGCUGAAGCAUUUACCGAGCUAUGUCAUCGUUGGGGCCCACCGGACACCGUACGUAUCGACAACGGCAGUGAGUUUGCGAAUGCGGUAGUGCAGUCAGUCUUUGAUGCCUUUGGAGUGACAGUGAAGACGGGGGCAGUGCGACACCCGCAGUCGCAAGGAACAGCAGAGAGGAUGAACAGAACCCUUCUGACGAUGAUCCGGAAGCUGGCCGAGGACUCGUCUGAUUGGCUGCAGGAUCUCCCCGUCAUGCUGCACUUUUACCGGACCAGGCCCCACGGAAUGACGGGCGUGUCGCCCAUGCUGGCCAUGGUUGGCUGGGAGCCAAAGUCAAUCAUCACGGGUGUGACUACGGAAUCAACUGUCUGGCAGCAAGCGCAUGCAGCACGGUGCGCCCGACUUCGUGAUCUUCUAGAUUCCGAGCUGUCGAAGGUGGAUCGCCAGGAGGAUGAGCGUGACUGUCCGUUUCACGUGGGCGAUUCUGUGCUACUGAAGCAGCCGUCCCGGCGUCAGAAGCGUCUCCCACCAUUCCAAACUGGUUGGUCGGUGAUUAAAGUGGUAUCACCGUCAACUGUUGUGGUGCGCCGGCAGCCGCACAUGGGUCAGGUACAGGAGAAGGUCGUCAAUGUGGAUCUCUUGAAGGCAGGCGGAGGAGCCCAGGCACCUGAAUCAGUGAUACCGAGGGCGGAAGUCGAUGCGGAGGCGCCAGUUCCUGAUGAAUGUGAAGCUGAGUACGAUCCAGAUGCGUUGUGGCUUGGUGAAUUGGAAGCUACAGGUAGUCGAGACAACGCUGGUGGUGAUGGAGACAGGAGGAUGGGCCUCCGUGACCGCCAACUCAUUCAGCCGCCAGCCCGCUACAGAAUCUAG